AUGUCGUCGCCCGUGGAGAAAUCCUCCAAGCAGGCGUGCGACAAUUGUCGUCGUCGCAAGAUCAGGUGCAAUCGUGCUGAACCGUGUGAUAAGUGUCAACGUCUGCUGCUCUCCUGCUCCUACAGUGACGUGCUCCGUCGCAAGGGCCCCAAGUUUCGCACCCUCUACCCCCUGGCGCCGAUCCAUCCCCUCUCCGCGCGUGCCUUUGAGCUCUCCUCUCUGUAUUCCCUUGACCAAGAUCUUUCCAUUGAUGUCUUGAACCUCAAUCGUCGCUUGAGCUCCCCGUCGUCGCCCACCUUCGCCAGCAGCGGUGAGGGCCAAUUGCCCCCGUAUGAGUUCGCCGAACAGUUCGCCGAACAGUUCUCGCGCUUCCUGCCCCAGGACGUUGUCGUCUCCUCGCCCGAGUCGUCGGGUUCCACGCCCCCGGACUCGUUCACUGGGAGCCUGUGUGUCCCGAAGAAAACGCGGCUCUCUGCCCCCGUAUUACUGGCGCACGUCAACGUCUUUUUGAAAUAUCUCUCUCCUGUCAUGCCCAUCGGGCGCCGGGAGCUCCUCCAGCGGGAUAGUCACCGACCGGACAAGCUUUCGGUCCCUCGGUAUGCCUUCAUGGCCGCCCUCUGUGCGGCCACCCAUCUGCAGCUCCGGCUGGAUGGGUCAGCCGCCGCCCCGUCCGACGGGCAAUCACUGCUGUCUGGAGAGGAGCUUCUUGCCGAGGCGGUCCGGGCCCGGCAAGAGUGUGAUGUCGUUGAAGAGAUGGAUAUCGAGGCCCUUUUGACUUCCUUCUUCCUUUUUAUCUCGUAUGCCAAUCUUGAAAGACAUGACCACGCCUGGUUCUAUCUCUGUCAAAGCAUCUCCGUAGCCUGUACUUUGGGUCUACAUCGGGAGACCACGUACGCCGAGAUGAAUUCGGAAGAGGCGACCGAGAAGCGGAGGAUAUUCUGGUUGCUGUUUAUCUCCGAGAGGCAAGUCAUUGACCAAACAAAAACAAAAACCACUCCCUACUCUUCGAAGCCGGUCCUGUUACGCAGCUCGAUUCACAAGCCCCAGGUGCUCAGCGCCGAAGACCCGAUACUGACGUACGGCUUCAUCAAUCUCAUCACUCUCUUCGAGAAGUUGACGGUCAAUCUCUACGACUGGAUCUCCACCGGGGCUGGGGAUUCCUUUUUCGAAACACCACCCUUUGCCUCGAUUCAGUCGAGUUUAUGCAAACCCAUUUCCUUGGAUGGCGUGCUCGAAAUCCAGCAGGUCGACGUCCUCAUUACACAACAGUGGCUUCAGGCAAUGAUGUGGAAGUUCUCCAUGUGUCAUACCUCGCAGCCGGCCAUAAGAGACGAGACGGUUCUUCCAUUCCAGCUGCCCGUCUUGGUAGCCAAGUCCACCAUGCGCGUCAUCAGUGCUGCUUCGCAGACUGCUAUUGACGCGCACGGCAUUGGAAUGGAACAAAAGUUAUAUGAUAUUGGAGCAUGUCUGGCAGAAGUCAUCCGCUCUCUGGGCUCCAAACUCGAACUCGGCCUCGCCGACACUGCCGUGAAUCCGUCCGAGAUUCUUUGGGGCAUCCUCAACACCCUAGGACGGAUUCGUGGCUCCCAGUCUCACUUCUACCCAACACUCAUGGGGCGGUGUCAGAGUGCCUCAGGAACCGACUGUCCCGUACCCACGGACCCCUUUGCUACCCCCUUGCACACCCCAACAAUAGACGAGAUAUCUAAAUGGAACAGUCCAGAUCUCGACUGGGCGAUGAUGUGCUUUUCUGAGGAUAUACAAGGCGGCCACUCCUACAGUCAUAGCCAUUCUCAUUCUCAUUCUCAUUCCCACUCCCACUCUCACUCCCAUUCCCAUUCCCAUUCCCACUCCCAUUCCUCUCUACUAUGA